AUGGCCACCAAGAGACCCUAUGGCUCUUCUAACUCUUCUGACUCUUUUGACUCUUCUGACUCUUCUGACUCUUCUGACUCUUCUGACUCUCCUCUUGUCUUCCAGCGGACUAAGUUCCGACGUCUCGCACAGGGCAAUCGAAACCGGAUUAAGUAUACUCAACAGAAGUCUCCAGAUUCCGAAAAAGACACCACCCCUAAAAUCCUUACAUAUAAUGAAUUUAGCACACUCGACAGUGGAAGGCAAAAGAGAUACUUUAAUAAUAUGCGGAAAACUUUGAAGGCUUUCCCCAUAGCAUCUCCUGAACUUGACUGGGCGAUUUUUCGACUUCCUUUCGAAGGGAAUCUUCUAACUGAGGACGAGCAGAAGGAGGCCGAGUAUCAACUGGACUAUUUGCAAAAGCAAUGGACAUUACUAGAAGGUCAAGCACCUUCUAGAGAAAAAAAACUUUGGGAUGAUAACGCCCUUCACUGGAAUUUAGUCAAGUCCCGGUUUGAGCUUUGUGAAAAGUGGCUCACCGCUACCCCUAUGUCUGAGGAAGAAGAAGAAGACCAUCUAUCUUCACAUGGCUUGUGCGUGCAUAUAUCUUCACAGCUUCUUCUCUACCGCCUUAUCAUCUACAUUGGACGAUCAAGCUUCGAGGCUGGUGGCAGUAGGUCUUGUUGGGCAAUAAAAUUUCUUCACGUUGACGGGCUCAGCACCUUACGACUCUGCGAUGAUGAAGGGGCACCAAGUGUUGAGUUCAGAGGCAGUGAGCAAUCUCAGGAAGACGCCCUGAAAUUUGUUAAUUUCUUAACCGAUCUUAAGUUCCCCCAUACGUAUUAUGGUGGGAUAGCUGGUACGGUGGCUUGA